AUGCAACAAAAUGGGCGUAAAAAGUUUUACUCCACUUGUAAGGGUUUUGCAGCUGAGAGCACUCUGCGGAUAAUGGGCACCGGUUUGGAGAAACUUAAUUCGUCGCUCCGCGCUGAAAGGAAGUCGUAUUCCGGUCCGAAACAGCUGUUCAACGUGCUCAUCAAACAAAAAAGGUCUUUGACUGACAGCCCCGAUGCAGUGGUCUUAUACCGUGUUGGUGAUGAUGGACUGGCGCCGUCGUCAGAACUUGACGCAGUAUUCGAACGUGAACGCUUUUUGGCUGUGGUAGAACCACUAUUCGCUGGUAGAUGA